AUCAAUACUUAGAACCCAAAAACUCAAAAUCUUCUAAUCAAUAUGCAAAUUCAAAAACUUCAAUUUAUUAUAACUUGAAAUUCCCAAACCAAUAUAAUCUUGAAUCUUCAAACCAACAUAUUUUCGAAUUGUCAAACCAAUGUGACUUUAAAUCUUCAAACCAACUUGACCCUGAAUUACCAAACCAACAUAACUCUGAAUCUCCAAACCAAUAUGAUCCUAAAUCUUCAAACCAGAAUAGCUCAAAUCAUAUAAUUCAACAUUCAAUUUAUUACAACCAAAAACCUUUAAUUCAACACAACUCAAAUACAACACAACAAUCCAAUAAUAGACAA